AAAACAACAACAACAACAACAACAACAACAACAACAACAACAACAACAAAACUAUUCAGAAAAAAUACGUAAAGUUCUUCUCCCAAGGCUAGCAUCUUUCUGAGCAAGGGUUCCCACCCACCGACCUCAGCAGCUUUCACCUCUUGCCUCUAGCGAGGCCUAAGGACACCAGGUGGCUGUCACUCCCGGAGCAACGUUGCAUUUGAACAAGCACAGUCUGGAAGGCACCUUCCCUGUCUUUGCAGGGGCAGCAGGGGACUUGCAGCAGACAGCCCGCCCUGCAGUCUUCUGUGAGCGGCAGUCUGUUCAUGGCCUCUGAGAACCAAACUUUGGAGCGGCGCUGCUCAUCUGAGAGCGGCUGCCUGAAAGUAGAAAAGCGCAAGGCUGCCUUCAUAAUCGCCCGACUUCCUGUCGAGGCCCCUCGUUCCUCAGCACAGACCCGAGCGGAUCACAAGAAUCCCGUUUACCACCACACCACCUCUACCAGUUCUCCUUUAUUUGCCUUUCCUUCUACUUUCCUCCUCCUCUUACUCGCUUAUUUCUCGCCUUUGCUUUGGAAGGGGUGUUGACCCGUGUCUAUUGCUACAAGCCGAAACCCUCGCCAGGGAGGCGAUUGGCUCCCGACGCGGGUGACGCCCACGCAGCCAGGCGCUGAUUGGCUGCACGCGGAGUCUCGCCCGGCCCCGCGCGGCGCCUUCGCCCUGCUCGCCCGGAUCGCUGCGCAGAGGUGUCGCGCCCGUCGCACGCCGCGCCUUGGGAACACCGGACACCUUCGGGAGCCUGCCGCUGCCCCCGCGGCCGGCCAGGGCAGGCGCGGCUGGAGACCAGAGCAGCGCGAGGCCGCAGCCAGGCCGUGCUGAGCACUGCGCCUUUGUCCCCGCAGCCUCCUGCAAGUCCGCUGUGGGACUCGCGCGCCCCGACUUCGCCGGCAUGGGCAGCGGGCGCGGCGCGGGGGGCGCGCUGCUGGCCCUGGCCGCGGGGCUGCUGGCCGUGGGCUCGGCCAGCGAGUACGACUACGUGAGCUUCCAGUCGGACAUCGGCGCGUACCAGAGCGGGCGCUUCUAUACCAAGCCGCCACAGUGCGUGGACAUCCCGGCGGACCUGCGGCUGUGCCACAACGUGGGUUACAAGAGGAUGGUGCUGCCCAACCUGCUGGAGCACGAGACCAUGGCCGAGGUGAAGCAGCAGGCCAGCAGCUGGGUGCCCCUGCUCAACAAGAACUGCCACAUGGGCACGCAGGUCUUCCUGUGCGCGCUCUUCGCGCCCGUGUGCCUCGACCGGCCCAUUUACCCGUGCCGCUGGCUCUGCGAGGCCGUACGCGACUCCUGCGAGCCCGUCAUGCAGUUUUUCGGCUUCUACUGGCCCGAGAUGCUCAAGUGCGACAAGUUCCCCGAGGGGGAUGUCUGUAUCGCCAUGAGCCCGCCCAAUGCCACCGAAGCCUCGAAACCGCAAGGUACAACUGUGUGUCCUCCAUGUGACAACGAAUUGAAAUCUGAGGCCAUUAUUGAGCAUCUCUGUGCAAGCGAGUUUGCUCUGAGGAUGAAAAUAAAAGAAGUGAAGAAAGAAAAUGGUGACAAGAAGAUUGUCCCGAAGAAGAAGAAGCCCCUGAAGUUGGGACCCAUCAAAAAGAAGGACCUGAAGAGGCUGGUGCUAUUCCUGAAGAAUGGGGCCGACUGCCCAUGCCACCAGCUGGAUAACCUGAGUCCCCACUUCCUCAUCAUGGGCCGAAAGGUGAAGGGCCAGUACCUGCUCACGGCUAUUCACAAGUGGGACAAGAAGAACAAGGAAUUCAAAAACUUCAUGAAGAAGAUGAAGAACCAUGAGUGCCCCACUUUUCAGUCAGUCUUUAAGUGAUUUCCAGGGUGGGUGGGAAGGGAGCAACGUGGGUGGGUGAGGGGCAGCCCGUGGUCACACACGCUGCUCCUGCUAGUGCAGUGGUGUGGGCACUAUGACUGGCUAGCUUUGUUCUCUCAGCUCCCCCACCCAGCCCCUUCCUCACGUCUCCCCCCCCACCCCAGAAUAGACAGGUCAGGCAAGGAAGGCCACUUGGUUUAGGAAGGCUUUGGACAGAGGCAGCGGGGCAUGGCGGGCAUGGUGUGAUGGGGCAGAGUGUUGCCCCCAGGGAUGCAGUCACUAAAAGAGAAAGUUUCUGGACAAGUCCCAUUUUCAGAAAAGAGGGCUCGGACAUCAGAAACUAAGUGUUGCAUCAUCUCAGUGUUGUUACAAAUUGCUUAUGAAUCUACUGGCUAACCUGUGCCUUUGGAACUAGUGUGUUCUAGCUGUUGGUGAAUCCCAUCACUUUCAGUUUCAGAGUAAUGUCUCUUUCUGUCUGUGUUAGCUAGGAACAGAUGCACCUAUGCUUACUGUAUAAGAAAAGUUCAGAAAGUAACAAGUGCAGAGAUUCAGAGCACACAUGCAGCAAGAGGAGAUCCCUGCCUGCUGAGGCCUUGGAGCCCACCUGUGGCUCACCGUGGCUCCCGUCAGUCCUGUGCAUGGCCUCCCUCCAGAUACUUAGAGGGCUGCAAAGGAGGAGGAACACAGGGUAGGAGGGACAGGAGCAUUUUUAGGGAGAGGAGUUUGUUAGUAGCCUUCCAAAGACAACUAAAGAAGGAAAAGAAGCUUAAAAAAAGUAAAAGAGCCAAGCAAAUUACUAGCCAGGGUGAAUUGUGAAAUUAGGUGAAGAGCUUUGUGUUCUAAUUGUACUUGUUUAUUCAUUUCACAUUUUAAAAAAGAACAGCAGCAAGACAAGAACACACUUCCUUUUCAAGAUUUAUAAGAAAAUCUGUUUUGAACAUUUGAAGGGCAAACCAAGAUCAAGGUGUCUUGGACUACUUCUGACUGCUCCUGGGUUGGGGGGAACCCUCCUGUUACCCUGGGCAUUUUUUAGGGGAGGUGGCUUCUUCUAGCAGCAUGAGGCAGCUGUGGACUCUCCCUUCGAGCAGUCUCAGGAGCCCGGGAGCCGGUAUACCCAGGACAAUUUUGCAGCACUUCCCAUCUCUUGCUCCCUGUGAAGAGGCCAGUUCUUUUUAGCUUGGUGGCCCCCAGAUCAGAGAUUCAGAGUACCCUGCUUGCCUGGCCCCCUCCACUGUUUAGUUUUCUAUGUCUGCAGUGGGGAAGUUGACACAGAAACCCUAUCCAAGAAGAGAGCUUUGGAGGUAAACUUUCUGUGGCUUUCCCAAGUACCUGCAGGUAUUCCGCAAAGCCAUUACGUUAAGAAGUAAUGUAAAUAAACUAGUUCUCUUAGACAGCUUUGCUCCUUUUGUCCAAUACGGAGGAAGUGUUCUGAACAAUUAAUGUUAAUGUCUUCUGUCAAAGCCUGAUUUUCUAUUUUCUGUCACAUCUCAAGGGCCUUAGUAAUUGUUCCCCUGGGGGAGUGUUGAGGCCUAAGUCCGACGUGGCAGUAAGGCUGGUAGCUAUUCCCUUGUGGCCUGGACUGACACAGAAACAGAAAAAGAUCAUCAACCUGAGAUACUCAUCUGGAAAUCAUCCUCCCACUUAGUUACCUACCUGAGAGCUAUCCUGAUGCAAUGAACUGCGCGCAACUAGCAGUCCAAUCACUUUACCACCUUUUUUGUCCUCUCACAUUUAAUUAUAAGUAUUGGGGAUUCUCUAUGAUUUGUCUGUUAUUUUAGAUGAUUUUCAAAUGUGUAUAUAUAUAUUUAGUAAUUAGAUAGUCUGCUUUCCUGUCAUCCAGCUGAGAUGCAGUCUCAUGACUGUGUGAGCUGGGUUUUAGUUUCAGUAAGUUAAGAAUGCAGUGCACAUACAUAGCUGUUUAUCUUGACGAAAUGCAUUCCACAGCAGGGCCCUGAAGAGAGGGUAUAGAGUGGUAGUUGUAUAGAAGGAGUGUGGGAAUGGGUGGCCGUGCUGUGCAGCUCUUUGAGGGAAAAUUCUCAGCAGUAAGCAGCAGUUUCAGCAAGGGCCCCAUGGCAUUGGGAAUGUGAGUCACAGCUACAGGUUUCAUCCCAGCCUCAGAGUUGUUGGCUAUUAAGUUUUACUGUGUCUUUCACUGAUGAUUUUAGACACCAGCUCUGCCCCUUCUACAUCAGCAGUUUCGGGAUGAAAAGAGCCCAAAGCCGUAUUAUCACUAACCUUUGUUGUUCUCAACAAAGGAUGUAACAAAACCAAUGUGCAGACUCAUUGGCUUGGCCAUUGCUUUCCAAAAGAGGAGGGUCACAUGUCAUGUGAUAAUUUUUGAUAGCGCAAAUGUUGGAUUUGCAAAGCUGUAAAAUGAACACUCUGGAGAGGUCUAUAGGAAGCCACUGGCAGAACUCCACUAAAUCCUUGAAGAAUAUUCAUAGUUAUCUUAGAAGAUAGAUUGCGAGGUGAAAAUCCAAGAGCACUAUUUAAAACUAUCUUGUGUAACACUUGGCUCUUGGUAUUGGUGCAUUAGGACCAAGUACUCCCCAGAGCAGAAACCAGUUUCUAUUUGGAUCAGUAAAUUACACAGAUUCUGUUUCCCAAGGCCAGGAUCUGUUUAUCCCAUCACACUCUAUGUAACUGGUCACUGUGCUGUGGCUCUGUAGAUGUGUUCAAGUGCAGAUGGCCUGCUUUGGAAGCAUACCUUAGGAAACAUCCCUGAAAUGACAGCCCAGCUGCCUUGACUUGUCACCAGCAGAUACAUAGGACAUGGUUGAAAUUCCCAUUUCCUCUAGUUCCUUCAUGUAGUAGUAAUUCACUCUUUUAGAAUUUUAGUCUUGUACAAAAGCUUUGAAUACUGUGAAAAUGUUUUACAUUCCAUUGCAUUUGUGUUGUUUUUUUAACUGCAUUUUACCAGAUGUUUUGAUGUUAUCACUUAUGUUAAUAGUAAUUCCCAUAUGUGUUCAUUUUAUUUUCAUGCUUUUCCUGCCAUGUAUUCACUUGACUAAAAUCACUCAAUUGAUCGA